AUGUUCGUCUACAAGCGCGAUGGCCGCAAGGAGCGCGUGCAGUUUGACAAGAUCACAGCCAGAGUAUCGAGGCUCUGUUAUGGCUUGGACCCAGAGCAUGUCGAUGCUGCCGCCAUCACCAUGAAAGUCAUCUCUGGCGUCUACCAGGGCGUCACCACGAUACAGUUGGACGAUCUGGCCGCAGAGACCGCCGCAUACAUGACCGUCACCCACCCCGACUAUGCCAUCCUCGCUGCCCGCAUCGCAGUGUCUAAUCUGCACAAGCAGACGAAGAAGCAGUUCUCUGCAGUGGUAUCCGACCUCUAUCAAUACAUCAACCCGAAGACCAGGAAGCCUGCGCCGAUGAUCUCGGACUACACAUACAAAGUUGUCAUGGACCAUGCCGACGAGCUCAACUCGGCCAUCGUCUACGACCGCGACUUCAACUACCAGUACUUCGGCUUCAAGACGCUAGAGCGGUCAUACCUCCUUCGCAUUGAUGGCAAGGUAGCGGAACGACCACAGCAUAUGAUCAUGCGUGUUGCCAUUGGCAUCCACGGAGAGGACAUUGAGGGUGCGAUAGAAACGUACAACUUGAUGUCCAACAAGUACUUCACACACGCAUCGCCUACGCUCUUUAGCGCUGGCACGCCACAAGCUCAGCUUGCCUCGUGCUUCCUCAUCGACAUGAAGGACGACAGCAUUGAUGGUAUCUACGACACGCUGAAGACUUGCGCAAUGAUCUCGAAGAACGCAGGCGGUAUCGGUGUCAACGUACACCGCAUCAGGGCCACUGGCUCAUACAUCUCGGGCACAAACGGCACAUCGAACGGUCUUGUACCAAUGCUCCGUGUCUACAACAACACUGCACGCUACGUCGACCAGGGUGGCAACAAGCGUCCAGGUGCGUUCGCGGUCUACCUCGAGCCAUGGCACGCUGACGUCUACUCCUUCUUGGACCUCCGGAAGAACCACGGCAAGGAGGAAGUCCGCGCUCGCGACCUCUUCUACGCACUCUGGAUCCCGGAUCUGUUCAUGAAGCGUGUCGAAGCAAACAGCACCUGGACAUUGAUGUGUCCUAACGAGUGCCCUGGUCUUGCCGAUGUCUACGGCGAGGAGUUCGAGAAGCUCUACGAGCAGUAUGAGGCAGAGGGUCGCGGCCGCGAGACAGUCCGAGCACAGAAGCUCUGGUAUGCUAUUCUCGAGGCACAGACUGAGACCGGCAACCCUUAUAUGCUGUACAAGGACGCAGCCAACCGCAAGAGCAACCAGAAGAACUUGGGUGUGAUUCGCAGCUCCAACCUUUGCACGGAGAUCAUCGAGUACACCGCUCCGGAUGAAGUGGCUGUCUGCAACCUGGCCUCCAUUGCCCUGCCUACCUACGUCGACAUGCUGAACGACCGCUUCGACUUCGAGAAGUUGCACGAGGUUGUCCAAGUUGUGACGCGCAACUUGAACAAGGUCAUCGAGAUCAACCACUAUCCUGUACCAGAGGCUCGCAAGAGCAACUUCCGGCACAGGCCCAUCGGUCUCGGUGUCAACGGUCUCGCCGACGCCUUCCUUGCGCUGCGCAUGCCAUUUGACUCGCCGGAGGCUCGCCAGCUGAACCUGCAGAUCUUUGAGACCAUCUACCACGCCGCCCUCACAGCGUCUUGCGAUCUUGCUAAGAAGCAUGGUCCAUACGAGACAUAUGAAGGCUCUCCAGUGUCGCAAGGCGAGCUUCAGUACGACAUGUGGGGCGUUAUACCGACCGAUCUCUGGGACUGGGAAGCGUUGAAGGCGAAGAUUGCUGAGCACGGUGUCCGCAACUCCCUGCUUGUUGCACCCAUGCCAACUGCAUCCACCUCGCAGAUCAUGGGCUUCAACGAGUGCUUUGAGCCGUACACCAGCAACAUCUACUCGCGCCGUGUCCUUGCUGGCGAGUUCCAGGUCGUCAACCCAUGGCUGCUCAAGGAUCUUGUUGACCGUGGCCUGUGGUCCGACAACAUGAAGAACCGCAUCAUUGCCGACGGUGGAUCGAUUCAGCGUGUGCCAAACAUCCCGGACGACCUCAAGGCUCUCUACAAGACUGUUUGGGAGAUUUCACAGCGUCACAUUGUCCAGAUGGCGGCGGACCGUGGUGCGUUCAUCGACCAGUCUCAAUCUCUCAACAUCCACAUGAAGGAGCCUACGAUGGGCAAAAUUACCAGCAUGCACUUUACUGGCUGGAAGCUCGGCCUCAAGACUGGCAUGUACUACCUCCGUACCAUGGCAGCGUCCGCACCUAUUCAAUUCACCGUGGACCAGGAGAAGCUCAAGGUCGUUGACACCAACGUGGCCAAGGCAUCCCUCAAGAAGCGCAACAUGUCUGGAAAGUACAACGCCGUCAGCAGUCCGCCUCCUGCUGAGGCAGCGCCUCCCCCAAUGUUCGAGAACAAGACGCCUGAUGGCUCGGCCGCGCCCGCUGAUGUGCCGACACCCGCCAUCACACCUCCACCAGAGCCCCAACAGAAGAAGAGGACCUUCGGAAGGACUUCAUCAGCCGUCGUCAACCCACCCUUCCCAGCUGACCAGGACGAGGGCGACAGUCCCGAGGUGCUGGCUACUGAAGGCAAAGACGCCGUGCCAAAGGACGAGGAGCUUCCAGAGCCUGCAAUGAAGCAGGAAGACAAGAAUCCUGGUCAAGAAGAAGACAAGACGGACGAGAGUAACGAGCGCGAGGGCGACAUCUAUGCCGAGGCCGUGCUGGCUUGCAGUAUAGAGAACCCGGAGGCGUGCAUCAUGUGCAGUGGUUGA